CCUCUCCCCUUUUGCUUUCAUCUUAAACUUUCUCUCUUAUUUUCUUCCCUUCUUAUUCUCAUAUAUAAAAUCCACCUUCUUCUCCCUAUCAAAACCCAUGUUUUUUUAUUUUUUCUCCCAUUUCUUUAUUGAUUUUGUUUUUUUUUCUUCUUCUUUUAUUUUCAUUGCUUGCCCUGUAAUUCAAAUCAACUUGGAAAAUUUGGCAGAUUUGGGCUGAAAUUUGGUCAGAUCUUGCUUUGUGGGAUGUGGAUUUUGGUGGGUCUUGUUUGUAUACAAAGCUCCUCUUCUUCUCAUCUUGUAGAUUAGAACAACACUGGGCACAGGCCAAACCAGAGAGGAACAGCAAGCGAGCAUCUUUCUUUUUCUUCAUAUCUUCUCUCUUUCGUUCUCUGGGUUUUUCUUUUUCUCUCUUUGCUUUGAUAUCGGAUCUUGGAUUGGUGCAAUGGGCAUGUCAACAGAGUCCCAAUUUCAUGUGCUAGCUGUUGAUGACAGCCUUAUUGAUAGAAAAUUGAUCGAGAAGCUCCUCAAGAACUCAUCCUAUCAAGUAACUACAGUUGAUUCUGGUAGCAAGGCCCUUGAAUUUCUGGGUUUGCAUGAAAAUGACCCAAACACACCUUCCGUUUCUCCAAACAGUCAUCAGGAAGUGGAGGUGAAUCUUAUAAUUACUGACUACUGUAUGCCUGGAAUGACAGGCUAUGAUUUACUCAAAAAAAUCAAGGAAUCUUCAUCUUUGAGAAAUAUACCAGUAGUGAUCAUGUCGUCUGAGAAUGUGCCUUCAAGGAUCACCAGAUGCUUAGAAGAAGGAGCAGAAGAAUUUUUUCUGAAACCAGUUCAGAUAUCAGAUGUGAAUCGGCUUAAACCUCAUAUGAUGAAAGCCAAAAGUAAGGAUCAACAAGAAGAAAAUCAAGAGAAGCAAGAAAAACAAGAAGAAGAAUCAGAAGAAACAGAAAAAUCAGAGCCUGAAUCACAACAACCACAGCAGCAGCAGCAGCAGCAACAACAACAGCAACAACAAUCCAAUAAUAAUAAGAGAAAGGCCAUAGAAGAAGGGCUUUCACCAGAUAGAACAAGACCCAGAUAUAGUGGCCUCACUGUGGUCUGAUGAUGCAUGGAAAAUAUUUUUUCUUCUUUUUUGAAUUUGAACAGUGAAAAUUCUGAUAACCCUUUUUUUUUUUUUUUUUCCUUUUCUUUCUAGUUUUAAUAUUGGGCAAUACAGGCUCAAGAGGAAUGUAGAAAGAGAGAGUUGUUUCAUCCUCAUGGGGGAAGAGGUCUGUAUACAGUUUACAUGAAAACAUUUCAUUUCAAUUUUGUUGUGCUGAUUAAGAAAGAAAAAAGGAAAACCUUGCAUUUGAA